AAUAUGAACCUACACUUUCUUUGUUUUUUUACUUUUGUGUUUGUAAUUUUGACUGAAUGGCCGUACCUGGGUGAAGCGCUCGAAAAAAAAGUUAAGCCGGGUAUAUGUCCUCGUCGAAGUUUUGGACUGUGUGCUGAAUUCUGCAGCAAAGACAGCGACUGUCCCAACAAGGAAAAAUGCUGCAGUAAUGGCUGUGGUCACCAGUGUACCAUUCCUUAUACAGUUAAGCCGGGUAUAUGUCCUCGUCGAAGUUUUGGACUGUGUGCUGAAUUCUGCAGCAAAGACAGCGACUGUCCCAACAAGGAAAAAUGCUGCAGUAAUGGCUGUGGUCACCAGUGUACCAUUCCUUAUACAGUUAAGCCAGGUAUAUGUCCUCGUCAAAAUUGGGGUUUUGGACUGUGUGCUGAAUUCUGCACUAAUGACAGCGACUGUCCCAACCAGGAAAAAUGCUGCAGUAAUGGCUGUGGUCACAGGUGUACAAUUCCUUAUACAGAAAAGCCCGGUCGUUGCCCUCUGCCCAAGAGAACCAAGAUUUGUGCUGAGUAUUGCCAUCAUGACGGCCAGUGCCCUGAGGACCAGAAGUGCUGCCAGACCUCAUGUGGACAUGCCUGCAGUGAACCCUUCUAAUUAAACCUGAUAAGUGAAAAGAUCUAAAUAAGUGCUCACCUGCCCUGCUCUAAUGAGAUAUACCUUUCUGAUCAUUUAGGUGCAACCCCAAAAAACGACAGUGGGGCCAGUGGUAGGUCGGGGGUUAAGGUGCUGGUCUAGUAAUUAAAAGGCUGCCAGUUCAAGCCCUACUGCCACCAACUUGCCACUGUUGGGCCUAAAUUGUAUUCAGUCGUAAUUUAAGUCGCUUUGGAUAAAAGCCACAAAUGACACAAAUGUAACUUGAAUUAAGGCAAUUUGUGGAAAGGUAGAUCUCCUGGAUAAGGGCUGAUGAUCGCUAGAUCUACGCUAGAUUUGGACAUCAUGGUUUUUCAGGUACACUAACACUGACAAGAACAUCAUAUAUUACUGUAUUUUGAUCCCUACUACCUAAAAAAAGUCAACAUUUAUCAGCAAAAGUUACACACAGCAGCUUUAAUCAUGAUUAGAAAUAAACUUUUUACAAACUCCAGUUCCAGAAAAGUUGGGACGUUGUGUAAAACACAAUAAAAAGACGAAUCUUUGUUUACCUGAUAAAAGUAGUUGAUCAGUGUUAGUGUAUUAUUGUAUGUAUGCCUCUGUAUCUACUUUUUGGAGAGUGUUGCAGGAAUCAAAUUCUAAAUGUGUUUCUUUUUUCAAAAUACUAUAAAACUGAUGAGUAAAAACAUUGCAAAUCUUUUCUUACUACUUUUGUCAGUUAAAUAAAAAUUCAAAAAAAUAAAGAAAUCACAGAUUGUUCUUUUUGCUGCAUUUUACACACUGUCCCAACUUUUUCGGAAAUGGGGCUUGUAGAUGAAGUAGCUUGCUAGCUAUAUAACUGUAGUCAUGCAUUGAAUUAUUUUCAAUAAAUUACAAUUUCAAUAAA